AUGUUCGUUAAGUCGAUGCUGGCGGCCAUGCUGGGCGCCUCCGCGGUCAACGCUCAUAUGGUCAUGACCAACCCGGUGCCCUAUGGCAAGGACACCCUCACCAACGCCCCAAUGGCGGCUGAUGGCAGUGAUUUCCCCUGCAAGCUGCGCAGCAACACCUACGAGGUCACUGAGGAGAACAAGAUUGCCAUUGGCGAGUCCCACCUUCUCACUUUCCAAGGCAGUGCCACCCACGGCGGCGGUUCGUGCCAGAUCAGUAUGACCACCGACCGCGCUCCCUCCAAGGACACGGAGUGGAAGGUCAUCAAGUCCUUCGAGGGCGGUUGCCCUGCCAAUGUCGACGGUAACCUCUCCGGUGGCUCCACCAUGGCUGAUCCCUAUACUUUCAAUUUCACCAUUCCCGAGGGCAUUGAAGCCGGCAAGUACACCCUCGCCUGGACCUGGUUCAACCGCAUCGGCAACCGUGAGAUGUACAUGAACUGUGCUCCCGUCACCGUUACCGGCGGCUCUUCCAAGCGCUCCCCCGAGGAGCAAGUCUCUGUUGUUGAGAAGCGUACCGCCAAUUUCCCUCCCAUGUUCGUUGCCAACGUCAACGGCUGCACCACCAAGGAAGGCGUCGACAUUCGCUUCCCCCAGCCUGGUGAUGAUGUUGAGUUCCUGGGUGAGCCCGCUAACCUCGCUCCUGAGGGUUCAGCUGCUUGUACUGGUACUCCCACGUUCGCCGGCUCGGGCGAUACCAGCUCUGGUUCCUCCAGCUCCGGUUCCUCCAGCUCCGACUCUGGCUCCGGCUCCGGCUCCUCUGGCUCCAGCUCUGGUUCUUCGUCUGCCGCUAGCAGUGCUCCCACUGAGACUUCCUCUGCUGCCCCGGCCCCGACCUCCUCUUCAACCCUGGCUGAGACCAGUGCGCCUGCUGUACCCGAAUCUGUUCCGUCGUCCACCCAGGUCGCUCCCGCUCCUUCGUCCUCGACCAGCUCCGGCUCCAGUUCCAGCUCCGGUGCCCUUAGCGGCCCCUGCAGCAACGAGGGACAGUGGAACUGCAUCGCCGGUACUUCCUUCCAACGCUGCGCCAGUGGUGCAUGGUCGGCCAUCACUCAGAUGGCUGCCGGCACCACUUGCAACGCCGGCCAGAGCUCCGAGUUGUCCGUUUCCGCCUCCAAGAUGGCUCGCCGAGUCUCCGAGAUGCGCUUCCGCAAGCGCACCAUCGGUGGCCACCACGCUUGA